GAUUCGUAGAACGAAGAGGAAAGUGGAAGGCCGCGUCCCGUCCUGCUGUUGAUGACUCUUCGAACGAUCGUGCCGAAUACGUGACGACGAAGGAGGAGGAGGAGGAAGAGGAAUUGAAUCGUCUUGCUGCUCGUGUUCCAUCUCUAUCUCGAUUACGAUUCACGGAAUUUGCCUGUAUCGCUGCCGCUCAUUUAUCCUCAGUUCCUUUUUCUGUCAUUUUGAUUCCCUGUUGCCGGGUGCCGCGCCGUUUAAGGCUAUUCCACCAAAAUGAAAAUCACAUGGAGACAUCGUCACGCGAUCCUGGAACCUGUCUUAAUCCUGAUACUAUUAUGCGGCUGUUCUGGUUUCGUGUCAUCUCGAUCGUCACGUUCCGUGGAACAUCCAGAGAAAGAUGCGGAUUUUUCGUUCGCCGAUUGUGAGCAUGUCAGGCCUUUCUUCGAGAGCAAGAAAAUCACGAUCACGGUUGCGAAUCAGGAUAGUACACCCGACGUCAUUGCCAGAACAGCGUGCAAUGGCUUGUGCUGCAACCGAGAAACCGAAGAACAGUUGAGACAUCAAGCCCAGGCAGAUUUUUACGACUUGAUCCAUCACCAUAGCAGAAGUUUGCAAGGUCUUUUAGCAACAACAGCGGAUGCACUGAGAGAAACGGUGACAAUGCUCGCGAGACAAUCGGAGAACAAAACCCUGACCCUCUUUGAUCAAGUAUACCGCUCGAUGGCGGUUUUAAGCAAGCCAUCGAUAAGAGGGCUCUACCAGGCGAUGGUUGAUUAUGUGUCGCCAAACAAUACACCAGACACCUUGCAGCAGCCGCUUACACGCGAGAUGCGGUUCAUCGAGUUCUUCACGAAGCUGUUCCCCAUCGCGUAUCACAACGCCGUGAACCCGCACCAAUAUGAUCAGGACUUUACGGAGAAAUUUAAGACCUGCCUGUACGAGACAAUGGACGAAAUCCAACCAUUCGGAGACAUACCGAAGCAAGUCUCGAAGUCCGUUAGCAAGAGCCUAGAGGCGACACGAGUACUAGUGCAGGCAUUGACACUCGGUAAAACGGUCCUCGAUAUGACCGACAGCGUGUUGUUUUCCGGCACCAUGCAGGAAGCUUGCUAUGGUGCACUGCUCAGGAUGACUUACUGUCCCAGGUGUAAGGGCAUCGGCCCAGCUGUCAGGCCUUGCAGCGGAUUCUGUACUAACGUAAUGAGAGGCUGUCUGACGGAACCGGCAUCGGAACUGGAUCUGGCAUGGUCCGGCUACGUGGAGACGGUCGAGAGGCUCGUUGUGGCGGUCGACGGUCGUAACGAUCCUAAUGCCGAGAAGGCUGUCAGACAAUUGGACACCCGCAUUUCGGAUGCCAUUAUGCACGCGAUGGAGAACGGGCCGGCGCUUGAGGAGAAGGUGAGAAAGGUAUGCGGUCGCUCGGAACUGCAGCCAUCGAACGGGGGGACUGUUACGCUUUCGGAUGCAACUGCAAUGGGGAAAUCCACGACAAAUAACCUCGAGGUACACGCAGCUGCGUCUCCUGCCACGCAUAGAACAUUACCGACGCAGUUGCACGUGCAGCUGGGCAAUUUCUUGGCCAGUGUCGUCAGGUCUCGGACCUUCUAUGGUACUCUGGCCGACACGAUCUGCGAGGAAUAUCCCGACAAAGGAUGUUGGAAUGGCGAGCACGUUGGAGAGUAUACAAAGACGGUGGUAGACUCGAGUUUGAUGGCGCAGAGGUACAACCCCGAGUUCACCAUAACGACAGUGUCACCGCCGACAACUCCCUACGGCAAUACGAAUACGAGUGUACUCAUUGACCAAUUGAGGCACAUUAAUCAGAUCUUACAGUCUCAACUGGCGUCGGCGCCCGACAGUGGAACACUGCUCGCUGACGAAGCCUUAGAUGGUUCAGGAAGUGGUGCCAGGCCAAUUUCGAGGAAGAAAGGAAAGGGCGACAUCGACAAUGAUGAUGAAGAUGCCCACGAUGAUGAUCAUGACGACGAAGAGGCGUCUGGUUCUGGCAUGGGCCCCACUACGCCAGAUCCAAUGCUGAAGUCGAAUCGCGACAAAACACCUGCAGCCGGGUCAUCGCGGGUCCUCUUAUCAUCCGUCAUCCUGGCGAUCAUUUGCGUUCACGUGGUCGUUUAA